AUGUACAUUCUUAGCGGGUUGGAGGGUUCAGCACAUGAUUCCAAGGUGUUAAGUGAUGCUUUGGCAAGGAAGAAUGGACUUAAAGUGCCCCAAGGUAAGUAUUAUCUGGUGGAUUGUGGAUUUCCUAAUCGACGCAAAUUUUUAGCCCCAUAUCGAGGUGUACGAUAUCAUCUACAAGAUUUUGCAGGUCACGGUAAUGACCCUGAAAAUGAAAAGGAAUUAUUUAAUCUUCGGCAUGCAUCCUUAAGGAAUGUGAUUGAGAGGAUAUUUGGUAUUUUUAAAUCGCGGUUCACAAUUUUUAAGUCAGCACCUCCAUUUCUAUUUAAAACACAAGCAGAGCUUGUGUUGGCAUGUGCAGCACUUCAUAAUUUUCUUCGCAAAGAAUGUCGUUCUGAUGAAUUUCCAGUGGAACCUACUGACGAGUCUUCAUCUUCAUCUUCAGUGUUACCAAAUUACGAAGACAAUGAUCAUGAACCCAUUGUUCAAACACAAGAGCAGGAACGAGAAGAUGCUAAUAUAUGGAGGACUAAUAUAGGUUCAGAUAUGUGGAGAAAUGCUAAUAAUUAG